GGCUCUGAUCGGAUGAGCUCAAACGAGCCACGAAGCUCUUAAGGCCGCGGAGCCCUAGUCGCCACCGGCCCUCCCCUUCACGAGCGCCGCUUGUCUAGUCGUCACCGUUUCGUCCUCCGACGCUUCUCCCAUUGACACCACCGCAGCCUGGAUUGGUCCUCGCCGGGUGCCGACCCGUCCUACAAAGUACCUCGACAGCAGGUUCCCCGGCCGAGUCCCAGUUGCUUAUCCAUCACCGGCUCGAGUAAGUAGAAUACAAUUUCAUGGAUGGAGAUUCCGUCGUUCACCUUGGUGGUUGCCACUGUAAGCAUGUGAGGUGGCAAGUUGAAGCACCAUCAAGUGUGGUAGCAUGGAGUUGCAACUGCUCUGACUGUUCCAUGAGAGGCAAUAUCCACUUCAUUGUGCCAUCAUCCAAAUUCAAGCUCGCAGCUGAUUCUGAUAAGUUCCUAACAACAUAUACUUUCGGAACCCAUACUGCCAAGCAUACCUUCUGCAAGAUAUGUGGUAUAACUUCUUUCUACUUCCCAAGAUCAAAUCCUGAUGGUGUUGCAGUGACGGUUAAGUGUGUCGACGCUGGUACUCUUGCUCAUGUUGAAAUUAGGCACUUUGAUGGGAGAAACUGGGAGAGUUCCUACGGUCAAACUUCCAUAGCAUCAUUUUCAAAAUCAGAUAAUGAAGGACAGACAUAGUUGUCUGGUAAGUCACUAUAUAUAUGGCUUUUGUGGUUGGUCAGUAAGUUGUACCUUGUGAUAAUAUCUAGAACAGUUUAGUGGACAAUUACAGUUUAAUGGUGAGGUGUCUCACCAGUGCUUGGAUCUGAUCUCAUAAUCCGAAAAUUGAACCAUGGCAAAUGCUGAGUGUAAUUGUAGGGAACGUUUGGCCUAUCAAUGGGAUCAUAAUCGAAUUGGAAACUGAAAUCUGUUGGAGUUGGAAAGCCAAAUCGAUUGACAUGUUUGAUUCAUGUUCUCUAAUUUCAGAAUCGGCAUGGAAGCGCCUUUACACGUUUGGUUCGUGAGCUGCAAGAUCAGUAUCAAAAUUGAAGUUGGUUGCCAAAACCCAGUAAUUUUAAAGGGGAAGAUGAGUCGUUAUGUGCGAUAGUAGUUUCACUAUAUUUGAUUUGAGGUAUAUAUUUACC